AUGGCCGAUGUCAAGCCUCACAUGGAGAAGCUCCCUCCUCAGGAAAACGCAAUGGCUCUAUCCUCCACCACCGUGAAAGACCAGAGCUUUUUGGUAGCAUUCUUUUCCCAACUGAUUAUCCUGAUGAAAAGGAACACCAUUCUGCAGCAAGUUGGCCCGCGUCUCUAUCAACCACAUCAACCAACAUCAACUCCAUCUCCUCUUCCCAUGUUCCCACCCUCAGAUUCGAUAUUGGAGAUCAACUUUGUCGCAAAUACUGUUUGCCCCUUUGAUCUUCCAGCUUCUUCUCUUCAUUCUCCAGGUGUGUUUCUGUGUGUUGUACCUGAUGAUGAUCAAGCUGAUUACGCGAAUCAACGCGCUUCUGUCGUCAAUCCUCCGCCUUCAGACCUUUUUGGAGUAUUGAAUUGUCAGGGACUGAACCCAAACGAUGCAUGCAUCAAUAUCAUGUAUACGCCUCAAGGAGACUCUCAAUUCGACGGCAUCAUGCAGACCUUCUCAACAAUGAAUUCCAACCGUACAGGUCAAACAGCGUUUGCUAUUGAAUCCCCUCUCUCUGACUUGACGUUUGUUCCCAGUGGAGGUGUCGCAGGUCGAAAGGGUAUCGUGCCUGUAGCUUCCAGUGAUUUCAUAUACUCGUACGCCGUAGCCCAUCCAAACGUUACAAAGUGGGGAAUCACAUUCACUCGCACCCAAACUACCACCCUCAAUAUCGCUUAUCAAGUCUGGUAUAACUAUUCAAAUACCGCAAAUGGAACAGACGUAUUUGGGCGUGAGGUGGUAUCGUUCAUCCGUGGAAUGGACGAGGCCAUAAUUACAUACUUGAACGAUCCAACUGCAACCGUAAAAUCUACCAUUGAUGUGGAAAUGAAGGAUUGGCCGUUGAUUCCACUCAGUGUUCUCUCAGACUCCAUCGUCCAAAGUCUCGGCGCUUGCUUCUUUUUCUGUAGUGAGAUGAUCAUCUUUAUCAUCGUCCUCAACACUAUAGUCGGGGAGAAAGAAUUGAAACUCCGGAAUGGGAUGGAGAUGAUGGGUUUAAAACCGUCCGUUUAUUGGAUUAGUCAAUACCUUUCAAAUUCGAUCUUGGUCUUCCUCGCUGCCUUGGUUACAGUCUGCCUAGGCUGGGCUUUUGGUUUUAGUGCCUUCAAAAAUACUGACUUCGGCGUGAGCCUUGUCACAUUCUUCCUCUUUGGAGAAGCGAUGGUUAUGUUCGCAUUCUUCCUCACUACAUUCAUAUCCAAGGCCCGAAUUGCUAUCUUGGCAGGAAUUUUCGUGUUUGUGAUCGGAUUACUCUUCGAAUCAUUUGUUUUCUCUAGCUCGACCUUAGGAUACAUUUGGUGGGCUCCUAGCGUUGUCGACCCUCUAGGGUGGAAGAUUCUUGUACUCUUCCCAUUCUUCAACUUCGGCCACAUGUUCUUGGAUAUCUCGACUUUGACUACUGGAAGGCUGGAUACAUUAACACAGACGUUUAUUCCGGGUCCUGGGUUUCCAUGGUCAUCUCUUUACACCACUUUUACUUCAAGUCUCUUACCAACGUAUAACGGUGGUGUUCAGCCAGACUUGCCGGCGCCGGUCCAAGCGUGGUAUUUCAUGCUGAUGAACGUUCUGCUGUAUGGAGUGCUCACGUGGUAUUUUGAUUGUGUGAUUCCGAAUGAGUUGGGGUACCGACAGCCAUUUUAUUUCCCAUUGACCUUUGAUUACUGGGGAAUUCGCUUUUCUCGUCGCCUUUCUGGACCGGAAUGGCUGGCGCGACAAAAGAAGCAAUCUUCUGCACCUCCAGAGGCCGAUGAAGACUCAGAAGUCGCAGCCGAACGUAAAGCUGCUCUUGACGAGAAUGACUUCCCUGCUGUCAAAAUUGUAAAUCUCCGAAAGGUUUUUGGUCAGAACGUGUUUGCUGGCAAAUAUUCUGACGGUCGAGGAAAAGUGGCUGUCCGCGAUCUAUGCAUCAAUUUCCAGGAGGGAAAGCUACUUGCCAUGUUAGGGCAAAACGGUGCAGGCAAAUCUACCAGCAUCAAUAUUCUUUGUGGAUUGACAAAAGCUACAGCCGGAGAUGCUAUGAUUUUUGGUUUGAGUGUCAAGAAUCAAAUGCAUUUGAUUCGGAAGAUCAUGGGAGUCUGUCCUCAACACGACAUCCUUUUUGACGAUCUCACGGCUCGUGAACAUAUUGAGCUCUAUGCUGGGCUGAAGGGUGUUCCUCGCUCCCAGCAUGAACAACUGAUUCAAGAACGUCUUGCUGCAGUUCGAUUAUUGACUGUGCAAAAUCAGCGUUCUGCUACUUAUUCUGGUGGCAUGAAGCGAAGGUUGUCGAUGGUGAUCAGUACCAUCGGCGAUCCCAGGAUCAUCUUCAUGGAUGAACCAACUACAGGAAUGGAUCCCGUGAAUCGACGACAUGUUUGGACCUUUGUCGAGAAAUUCAAGAAGAACCGUGUCAUAGUACUUACGACUCAUAGUAUGGAAGAGGCUGAUGUUUUAGGAGACAAAAUUGCUAUAAUGGCUCACGGCCGUCUGAGGGCAAUCGAUACUUCCCUUGGAUUGAAAUCCAAAUUUGGUGCAGGGUACAGGAUUUCGAUCGUGACGGAUCCCAACGCAAUGGACGUCGUGAAAACUGCUGUCAAAGCACGAGUACCAGAUGCCGUACUAGAGGACGAUUCUGCAGGUGCAUUGACUUUCGUGCUGCCAUUGUCGUCAACGCCAGCCAUUCCUGCUUUCGUCAAAGAGUAUCUCGACUCGAAUCCGGAUGUUAUCAGGAGUUGGGGCAUCAGUCAAAGUAGUCUUGAGGAGGUGUUCCUUAAGAUUAUUCGAGCAAGCAAUCCAAAGGGCUAUAACCGUGUCGAUUGA